GGGGUGUGUGUCACUUUCUCCAAUUAGUAAAGGAAAAGAACACCCCAAUGCUCAUGUCCUGUCUGGAUUCCAUGGGCUUGUGCAGGUGCUCUCUUAGCAGUGAGCGGGCCGUGGUUUGGCUCUGAGAGCGCACAGCCCCUGGGCCAGCUGGCUGGGCUGAGGGGACAUUGCUCUGGAGCAGUGAAUUGGGGCACGCCGGGGCUGCUGUGGCUCUGCUGGUCAGGCUCACAUGACCCCGUGAGCCACGCUGCUAUUUCCAAACCUGCUGCUUGCUGCUGAAGGUAUUUUGGUUAGAAAACAUGCUAUAAAUGUCACAGGGAGGGCGUGGUGAGGCUAGAGGACAACUGGGGGCACCUCUGUGUCUCAGCGAGUGGGAUGUGUGCUGGAGCAGUGGCCCAGGGCUGUUGGACAACCCUUGUGUCUGUCUCCAGCUCCACCCUUCUGCUGUGCCCUGGCAGAGCCCGAUGUGCUGCUCCCAAACUUUGGGCACAGCAGCACCAGGGCUGGGGCUGAGCAGGCCCCCACUCACCACGGCAUCAGGAAGGGCUGUCCCUGCCAGAGCAGCAGCCAGGUGUGUGUGACACCUGUACCUGCAGUUACAUGGGGGAGCACCUUUGAAGACGCCUCCCUCCAGGCCAUGUCCCCAUGUGACUGAAGGUAGGCAGUGGCCACUGCUGCACCCCAACAAACCCAGCAGUGCUGGUGACCUGGGCUGGUUGGUGACAGCUGCUUUGUCUUUGGGAGUGGGGAGGAAGGGAAUCCCACUAGUAAAGUUCCACUGAAAGAUGCUGUCUAGAAUUGGACUCGAAUAGGUCUAGUUUUGCACAGACAGUUAACUGUGACCAUGUCUGAGCUCUGCAGCGGCUCUCCUCUUCCUGGGCAGAGACCUGCUGUGCUCAGCUUAGAGGAGAUGCCUCUCCUAGCCCAAGGCUCCCUGUGGCAGAGCAGCAGCUUAGCAGCCAUCUGAUGUACAUGCCUAAUUGCUGUUCCAAGAAAGCAGGCUGGAAGUGUUCUGUCCCCAGCGCUCAGCUUGGAUGCUGUGUGCUGUGUUCAGGCUCAUCUAAGCACAAGCAGAUGCUUGGCCAAGAGAUCGAUGCCUUGGCCAGCAGAUAAACAAGAGCAGGAGUUGUAAGGUGUGUGGCUGACCGUGCUGCUGGGGUCAGGGCACGGGUCUGCAGCAGGAGAGGCAGAGUGAAACCCCUGACUCCCAAAGCAGCAUAGGGAUUUUUUCUGACACACCUGCCUGGGCAAUCCCCAUCAGCACGACAGAGCACAAAAUGCUUCAGUGUCUGACAUGCCCAAACUUUGAUGGGAGAAAACAGUGGUUGUUUAAACCCUUGAUGGACCUGAAUGAUUCCUCUGUGGCAGAUGGUUCUGCUUUGGGUCACGACAGUGUAGCUGGAGAGUACCAGAGGCAGAAGCUGUCUGGUGGUGGUGCUGUUCUCCUGUUCCUCUAAGCCUGCUUGCAGUAGCCUGCCCUCAGCAGCAGCUGCUUCCCUGUCUCGAGUAGGGCAAGGAACACCAGGGACCAGCAGUGCAGGCUUCUGGUUUUGUACCUGUCUUGGGAUCACCAGCAGCACCUCUGUCCUCUCAAGGGCACAGGGGACAUCUGACACUCAGGUUGUGCCUCCUUGCUGGGCUGUGUGCUGUCACAGUUGUGCUGGGCAGCACAGCUCCUCCUGCUCCUUUCAAGUUGUCUCCUGCAGCUACAGGAGGGUGACAGCUCCAGAUGUGUUUGUGCCCACGGCCCUGGCACACCCACACGGCACUAGCCAGCUGGGACACGAGCGGCCAGUGCCCCGUGCUGCUGGUUGUGCCCGUGCCCCUUCCCCCAGAAGGGCUUGAUGUUGGGAAAUUGCUUCCAGGCUCUCCUGAAGGGCUACCCGUGCAAGAGUAGAUUUGACCCCUUGGAUGGGGCACAUCAACAGGUGGGUGGUAAGAUGAGACACCAACUUCUGCCCAAAAGUGGGAGGCUGCAGGCCUGGGCGGCUCGAUUACGAAGCAUCAUGGCAAAUAGCAUGAGCUGCACGUCCCCAAAAUAGCCCAGGGGAGCCUUUAUAACGUGCUGCUCCCAGAGAAUCAUCAGUGCCGGGCCAAGGGCCUGUAGGUGAGCUGCAAGUGCCAGGUGCCACCUCCUGCAUGUGACUCAGGGAGUGCAGGAGAGCACGGUGGCUGCCACUGCCCUGCGGCAAGGGGCCACGGCCACGGGCGGGGGCACGGCAGGAGCGCGGCACUGCGGGGCCGGCACGCGUCCGCAGCUGGAGGGCCCCUGACGGGCAGAGCAGGAGGCAGCGGCGCGGCGAGGGGCCGGGCCGUGUGCCAGCAGCCCCCAUGCCGCUGUGCCUGAAGGCUGCCGUCAGCACGAGGGACUAUUGCCCCGUGGGGCCGCGCUACGGCCGCUGCGCGCCGCGGCUCCGGGCCUCGCGCACCGUGCGCUUCCCCAACGACGUCGUCUUUCAGGACCACAUCAAGCAGGGGGACCUGGAGCAGGUGGGCAGGUUCAUACGAGCCAGGAAGGUGACGCUGGACACCAUCUACCCUUCUGGUAUGGCAGCCCUCCAUGAAGCCGUGCUGACGGGAAACCUGGACUGUGUCAAGCUCCUGGUGAAAUACGGCGCUGACAUCCACCAGAGAGACGAGAACGGCUGGACGCCCCUGCACAUGGCCUGCAGCGACGGCUACGCCGACAUCGCCAGGUACCUCCUGUCGCUCGGGGCCAGCCUGGAGGCCACCACCGACGACGGGGAGAGACCCUCGGACCUCAUCGACCCCGAGUACGAGGACCUGGUGCAGCUCUUCGGAGCCACCGCGCUGCGCUGAGCCGGGCACGGCGAAAAGCGGCCCCGAGCGCUCGGGGCCGGGCCGGGCCGGGGGGCUGCGCCUGCCCGAGGACCGGGGCUGCGCCCGGGCUGGGCCCGGGCGGCGGCCGGGCAGCAGCGCUCGGUACUGCGAAUCGGGAACCACUUUGUACUUUUCCAAUAAAGCAUCUCGGUUACUGCCUCCGGUUUCUGCCUCCGGUUACUGCCUCCGGUU